GCAGCUUAUAUGGUUCGCCGUCGUCUCCGUCGUUGACCCCGUCGCUCGACCGGUCGUAGAGGGAGGCUGCCAUGGGAGAGCGCUCCCGAGGAGGAUGCGGAUCGGCGGCCGGAGGGAGAGCCCCCCACGACGAGGACGCGGAUCGGCGGGCGGAGGGAGAGGCUGCCCCGAUGAGGAUGCGGAUCGGUGGCCGGAUGGACAGCUCUUCCCGGCGAGCGGCUCAAAUUUUUCGAUUGGCGGCGAGAACUCCACUGUGCGCCAUCCGGCGAUGCACACAUCCACGUUGACGCCGCCGUGUACUGUUGAACCAAGCGAGAUGAUGACUCCAGAUCCCAGCGCAAGAUACAUACAUGGUAACCAACUCCGCGAAGAUUUUGUCCCAAAGGAAAAUAUGGCUUUCGUCACCGAUGAGGAAGGGUAUGACUUUUAUCAACAAUAUGCAAGAUCAGCAGGUUUUGGUAUUACCAAGCUCAAGCGGAAGCCGAUGUCGCGUCUGUAUGCAUGCUCCCGGGGAGGUGCCAGUACAUUUUACAAGCCUGGGGAGGAACGCAAACGUGCGAAAAUGUCCAAGAAGGUUAACUGUGGGGCAGCUGUUAAAAUCAAGAAAAGGGGGAAAGAAUGGAUAUAUGAGAAAGUGAUGUUGGAGCACAAUCAUACUCUGAAUCCUAAUCCAUCUGAAUUGAAGCACAUGUAUUCACAUAAGAACAAAGAUCCUCUUAUCAUGGAGGUUGUUGAUGAUCUGCAGACCUGUGACGUCUCUCCUAAUACAACAAUGAAUGUGUUGACCCAUUUUCACGGCAACUAUGAGAUCAUGCCAAUGAAUGAUCGUGACAUGCGAAAUAGGUAA